GAAAUGGAUAUCAGAUACUGUAGUGCAACGACAACCAGGUACUUUCAGAAAGCAAAUGAUUCAAGAAUAAAUGAUGAACUUUUAGGAAAAUUAAGGGAACUCUCAGUCCCACCCGCAAAGUUUAAGUAUCUAAAAGAACAAUUAAGAAAAAUGGUGACGACUCCGGAGGGAUGGAUGUUUCACGACCUUCCAUUUAAAGUGCAAGUUCAUCCUUGUUUUUCUAAAUUAGACUUGGAAUUCAUAGGAAGCACAAGCGAAGGACUCUCUAUAAGUGAAGUUUCCGAGGGUAAUCAUAAUGAAGAGUUGGAUCUAACCGCCAUUUUGAGGACUAUUACUGCGACAGAAUCAAAGCUAGCAACCACUGACAGGACGUGGUUAGAGGUAGAAUUCUGCAAAGAGAAUCCAGGGUUCGUUCAAUUGAAAGUUCACAUGAGAGAUGAAAGCGACAACUGGUGUGGACUUUGUAACAUUGUAUCCAGUCAAGACGGGUCCAUUAACGAGUUUUAUCUUUCACCAGAGGCCUUUACAGACGAGUUCUUUAUGAUGCUUUGUCUAAGAUGUAGUAUAGAAAACUUUCACUAUUCAGGCUACUGCAAGCACUCUGACAAAGUCUUGGGUGCUGAAAUGGAAACUGAUGAAGAGGAGAAAAUCGAAAAGAGUUCGGAUCACUUUACAUUUUUUAUCGUGAAUCAGGAGGGACCAGCAGUUAAAACAACUUUAUUGUUUACUGAGAGUGAUAUUUCAUUGCAGUAUGAUUGUUCACCAGUUAUAAUUUGUUCAGAAUGGCCUUCUGUAGCAAACGAAUUCAAAAACAGGAAAAGAAUUUCCGGUUUUCCUUCGUCAGAUUUUGUUGAACGUCUUACUUCCAUGGGUUGCCUCAUCGUACCAAAAUACCCAAAAGAUUCCAAAAUUUUCCUUGAAUGGAGACUUUCUUUCUGUUUGAUUGAACGAGAGCUAAUGCUUAGUCUCACAGAAACUCAGAGGAUGUGUUACUUGUUAUUUAAGGCAAUCUGGAGACAGUUUCUUUGCCCACCUAUCGGAAAGGCACUGCAAUCAUACCAUCUGAAAAAUGUAUUUCUGUGGGAAUGCGAACAGGUGCCCUUGAGGGAUUGGACAGAAACAUUAAUGAUAGCUAGAGUAAGAGGACUUCUUCAGAGGUUACAGUAUAAUCUUUUCACACAAAACUGUCCUCAUUAUAUUCUUCCAAACAAUAAUUUGUUUAAAGAUAUUGAUCAAUCUUUGCUUUUCUUUGCUGGAAUGAGAGUUCAAACUGCCAUAUUUCAAUCAAGAGUGGUAUGGAUAGAGAACGAUUCAUUACUUUACCUACCACCGCACAAAUGCAGGACUUCUUUAGGAAAAAGACUUCGUAAUACAUGCAUCUCAACAUUGAAAUAUGCUAUCGAAGCAAUGGUUAAAAGUGCAGUUUAUGGAUUGAAAAAAGACACAGAUAGCUUUAAACAUUGCUUGGACAGUGAAACAAUUGCUACCUUAGAAUCAGAACUCAGACAAUCUUUCAAAUCAGAAUUGACGAAAUUGAUAUCCAGCUACAUCCAAUCCUCGCUGGUUUUUCAUCCGUAUAAUAUCACCCGGACCUACAUAUGCAGUAGAGCGGACCCUAAACAACUUCUUAUUGCAUCAAAAUCUGGUCUUCUGGAUGGCAUUGCUAACUUAGCAAACACUGGUAUGAAUUGGGGAAAUAUGGUAGAAGUGAUAACGAGUUUGGAAAUUCUGGAAACAGAAAACCUUAAAGAGUAUGGAUACUCUGAAGAUUAUAAGGACAUGGAAGAACUCAAACUUUUGCUGAGAAUGGGUAUGGACGAUUUUGGGAGAUUUAACCAGUCUUCAUCUGAUGAUGAUGAUGAUGAUGAUUUCUAUGAUGAAUUUGAAGACGACUUUGUUUGUGAUGAAUGUGAUGAAUUAAUAACCGAUCUAAGGUAUCACUGUAAUAUGUGCCCCGAUUUCGAUAUUUGUAGAAAGUGCUACACAAAUAUGAUACAUCCGCAUAAAUUGGAUUUAGUCGAAAUGGAAGCUGAAGAAAAUGACGCAUCUAAUAUGGAUGAACGUACUUAAAAUAAAAUUUAAAUCUUAGUUUUGUAUGACUGAUAUAUAUAUCUCUGUCCAUAAAAAGGAUAAAGAGACUCACACAAUGAUAUAAAGACAGAUAUCAAAUCGACACGAUGAAAAACUUCUUGUAUGUGGGAUAUCAGCCUAGCCUAUUGUUGUUGAAUAAUAAUGAAUGUAUGUAAUUGUUUGGUAAUAGAAAAAGAAUUGAUUGAAAAUUA